AAACAGGAAGUUAACUAGCGCACGUUCAAACAGUUACAAAAAAGGAGGGGUAGAAAAUUAUUUUCUCAGCACUUAUUUUUCAACUUUAUUGAUUUUUGUUUCCAAAAGGCUUUUACAACCCUCAUUUCUAAGAAGAUAAUGGCUGCAGAUUGGUUGGGUUGCUUAGUUUCGAUCAAUUGUGGGCCAACGCUGGGAAUGUACCAAGGAGAAGUGUCCUCUGUCGAUCAGUCCAGUCAAACCAUCUCCUUAAGGCAGCCUUUCCAUAACGGGGUAAAGUGUCCUGUUCCAGAGGUUACUUUCAGUGCCAUUGAUAUAAAGGAACUCAAGAUUUUAGAAAUAAAUAAAAAGGACAAUGUGAAGAACACACAAACUACAUCUGCAAAGGUGAGCCGUACCCCAGUUGCAGUCCCAAAGGGCGAUGCCAGGGGUGCAGAGAAAGUGAACUCCCCUCAACAUUACUCCAAGAGUUUUGGGGAGCGUCAGCUGGACGCUCUGGGCCAGCCCAAAGGGUUUCGUCGAAGGCACAAUUCCUGGUCAUCCAGCAGUCGAGGAGCAAACCAAAUGACGCCAAAGAAGAACGGAGUGAAGAACAGUCAGAUGAGGCAGAGAGACGACGAGUGUUUUGGAGACGGGGUGGACGAUGGCCUGGACACAGAUUUUGACUUUGAAGGAAACCUGGCACUUUUUGACAAAGCAGCAGUUUUUUCGGAAAUCAACACAUCAGAGCAACGAAACGGGGCCAGGUCGCGCGGGACCCCUCAAGACCAGACGCCCUUACGAUACCGGCACGACGAAAACAUCUUGGAGGCCAAACCUGUCGUGUACAGACAGAUUAUUGUUCCACAGGCUGGUGGCAAAGAAUACUGCACUGACUCUGGACUUGUCGUACCAAGUGUUUCCUACGAACUACACAAGCGUCUGCUGUCCGUUGCGGAGCGUCAUGGUCUCACGUUGGAGAGAAGGCUUGAGAUGACGGGGGUGUGUGCCAGUCAGAUGGCCCUUACAUUGUUAGGAGGGCCUAACAGAUUCACGCCAAAGAAUUUACAUCAGCGGCCCACGGUGGCGCUGCUGUGCGGUCCUCAUGUUCAGGGAGCGCAGGGCAUCAGCUGCGGUCGACACCUGGCUAAUCAUGAAGUGGAGGUCAUAUUGUUCCUGCCCAACUUUGUGAAGAUGGUUGAUUCCGUCACCAAUGAACUCACACUCUUCAACAAGACGGAUGGCAAACAGGUGUCCAGUAUCAAAGACCUUCCAGACACUCCAUUGGAUCUAAUCAUAAACUGUCUGGACUGCCACGAGAACACAUUCCUGAUGGACCAACCUUGGUACCGGGCCGCCGCCAACUGGGCUAACCAGAACAGAGCGCCGGUGCUCAGCUUGGACCCUCCUGUCAGUGGGCAGGGUCAUGCAGUCGAGGCCAAGUGGUCCUUAUCCCUUUGCCUGCCACUCGCUCUUGGGGAAGGGGCCGGCAGAGUGUAUCUAUGUGACAUCGGUUUUCCUCGGCAGGUUUUCCAAGAAGUGGGAAUCAAGUACCAAUCUCCCUUCGGCUGCAAGUUUGUCAUUCCCUUGCAUUCUGCCUAAAAUGGGAAUAUAGACUUUCACUUUCAAUAAUUUCAGGUUUUUUGUUUGUUUUUGUUUUGGGGGCCUUGCAUCUCCUUCCAGUUUGAGUUCAGGCACUCGUUUUCAUAGAAAUGUUUCAGGGAUUUUGGUUCCUUUGUUUUUAAAUGAAUGAGGUUACAUAACUUUCAUUUGGCUCUCUGGCUGUUGGCAUUUUCCUUUAGGAGACUGGAAUGAAAACUGUCAGCAAAACAAUAAUUGCUAAAAAGAAAAAAAUUUCAUUGCAGCUGGAAAAACUCCAAAAAGUGCAAAUAUCCCGAUUCAAUAUGGAGAUGUAAUUGUCAACAUUAAUUAUGUGAUGACAAAAAGUUUCCUCAAAUUUGGCAACACAAAAGUGUUCUUAUAACCCUAUAAAAAAGCAGAUGUCCCUUUUAAUCUUACUUUUUCGUUAUGUCAAUAUAUUCCUCAUCAUAAAUUGGAACUACAAGUAUUUUUCCCAAGUGAAUGAAACCGAAAACCUUUCAAAACCUGACUAAAAAGUAGUUUUAUGUGUUAGAAGCUAAAAAUUAAUAUUGUAGUUUGAGGUUGUUGAUAAUUACAUUUGAAAUGUUAAAGGCUUACAUUUUAAGAUUGAACAGGACAAUCUUUGCCUAAGCUGACGAGCUCUAAAUUUUGUAGCUACCUUUAAACCAUAUCACAAAUAAGCCGGUCAUAUCAUGCACAUUGUGUGGAUGAAAACAAACAUUUCUGCUGCUAUGAGGUUUUCUUUUGGGGUGCGUGCAGCUUGAUUUUUCUCUCAGCUUGGCUGCACAAAUCUUAAUGUAGAUGACAUUUUUUUGGUAUCUUGUAUCACAAGCACACUGAAUGUUCCUGAGCCAGAAAAAAAUCAAACAUUAUUUCCUAAUGUUACGCCAUAUCUGUGAGUAUCUUUUUGCCUGUUUUGAGCCUAAGUUGUCAUCUAUCUUUGUUGUUAAAGAAGUGAAUCUGCAAAAAUUAUGGAUCAUAUCUGUUGCUUUUUUUAUCAGAAAGCUCAUUUUCCUUCCUUUUAACCUUUUUUGUCAUUAUACUAAGAAUUGGAUUUAAUCCACAAACUCCCCUAUGUUUAGAUUACAUUCUUUUCUCAUGUUUUUCACACAUUGCAGAGCUAAAAUAUUUAGAUUGAAUAAAAGCUUUCAAAUCCUUUUGAAUGCAGCAUUUUUAGGGUAUUUUGGUUUUGGGUGGCAGCUAUUUUGAACAACAGCACUACUAGAUUUUGGUAUUGAUUCUUUGGUGACUGUACAUCUUUAAUUUAGGUUCUCUUUUAAUCUUGGCCUGGUAAACAAGUUCCCUGCUGCAACCUUUCUGCUUUUAUUUUAAAUAUGUGUAAUUAAGACUGUGCCACUACAGUAGUGAAUGUUUAAAAGACAUUUCUGAGCCAAUAAGUUGACAUCUUGACACAAAUAAAUUGUGUCCCUAUAUUCAGAAUGUUCAGUUAAUAUUUAACAUAAAACGAAAGCAUAAACAGUAAAGGGCAACACAGCUGUUUCUAUCAUUUGCCUUGUAAUGUUUGACAAAUGUUUGUAUUUUUUAUGAAAAUGAAAACCACAAUGUUUCCUGGUU